AUGGUUCCUUUAAGACACAAAUGAAUAUUGGGGGCAAUAUAUUUAUGGAAGCUAAAGUAAAUAACCCAGAUGACUUAGUAUUGGUCGAUAUGGGUAAAGGUUAUUUUGUCCAAUUCACGCUCGCGGAGGCAUUAAAAUUUUCUAAUUUCAAGGUGAAAAUUCUAACUAAAGAAUGUGAUGUACUACGCGAAGAGAGCGUAAAAAAACGGUCCGAUAUCAAAUUGGCGCUUAUGUGUAUAGCUGACCAAGAAAAUUUGUACGCAGAACAAAAAUUAUCAAUUCAGAUGCAUAUAUAUAUACGUAUGGAAAUGAAAGCUAUCUUAUAUAUAAUGGAAUAUUUAUAUGUAACUAUAUGUAAAUAUGUAUAAUGUUAAAAUACAAGAGCAUCAGUCUCUUAUUCCUAAAAAA